AACACACAUCAGAGCAAAUAAACUUCAACAAGACAUCAACAUCACAUCAGAAGUACCUUCCUCUACUUAAAUCUCCAUCAUGUUGCUGUUCUUCUUUCUCUUUGGGUUGGCUCUGGGUAUUGAGUCUCCUCCAGAUGAGCUGGAAGUGAAGCUGCAACGUGGCGGUUGUCCCAUGUUCUGGUACAGCUUCAAUAGCCGCUGCUACAAGUAUUUUGCGUCACGGAUGACCUGGGCUGAUGCUGAAAUUCACUGUAUGUCACAAGGAGCCAACCUGGUGUCCAUUCACAGUAUGGAUGAAUACCAUUUUGUCCAAUCUCUGAUCAAGAACUUUGACCAUGCUCAGGGUCAUACUUGGAUCGGACUCAGUGACACCCAUAAAGAGGGCACAUGGAUGUGGUCUGAUGGUACUAAGGUGGACUUUACCAUUUGGAGUGAAAGGCAACCAGAUAACUUUAAAGGACGUGAACACUGUGUACAUACAAAUUUUUUUGGACCAAGAUGGAAUGACAUACGGUGUUCUUAUACUUACACUUCUGUUUGUGCAACCCGCAUACCAUGUCCAUAACAUCUGGGAUACUAAACAUCUGUGUGAUCCAGCCUGCUCUGCUGAACUGAUUCUGUGAUAAUAUUCAUGAGACUUCCACAAUAAAGCUAUAAAUGUA